GAUAUUGUAAAGCAAGCAAGUAAUUCAAGCAAACUCAUCAUAAAAGAGAUUGAAGCCAUAGAUUCAUGUGAUCUAAUUAAGAAUAGCCAUUUUGGACAAAUAAUUUAUUGGUCACGUGGGAAUGAACAAGCUGACGGUACAAUAAGAGGAUUGGACAUGGAACCUGGAGUUGUGAUGC